CGCGGCCAUGCCGCUGCCACCGAGCGUCGCGGCGGAAUGACGACCUUCCCCCUCCCACGAAGCCCGCCCUCCGCCGGCCACUGAUUGGCGGAUGGCCCCACAGCGUGUGUGCGGGUGGGGGGCUCUGCGGGCAGCCGAUUGGACCAGCGGCAUGUCAGUCGGAGGUUGACGUGCGGCCGUGGCGGAGGUGAUGGCAACGGUCGGCGAGAAGCUGGCGUUUCUGCAGAGACUUCCAGUGCUAAUGAAAGCAACGUCGGAUGAUGAAAUACCAUGUCCUGGGUAUCUGUUUGAGGAGAUUGUCAAGGUUUCUCAUGAGUCUUUGGGAACUUGCCAGUGUCUACUCGAGUACCUGCUGGAGCGACUGCAGAGCAAUUCCUGUAAUGUCAAACUAAAGGUUCUCAAAAUAUUGCAGUAUGUCUGUGGCCAUGGUUCCCCUCAGUUUACACUGGAGCUUCGGAGGAACGCCACUCUUAUUCAGGAGGUAACAGUUUUCAGUGGGCCUCCGGAUCUGCUUCAUGGAAAUGCUUUAUACCAAAGAGUACGAACAACUGCAGAGGAUUUAGCAAACUUGUUAUUCUCUGAUGCUUUGCCGUAUCAAUCUUCUUGCACUUCAUCUCCUUCCCGAAUGGGUCCACAGACAGGAAUGGGAUCAAGCCCUUCAUCCGGGUCCCUAAUGCAAGGCUUUGGGUGCACAGCAGUGAAAAUGCCUUCAGGUUCUGCCAGUGAUGCUAUUCUUAAUAAGAUACAGAAAGCAGCAGAAGCAGUAGCGAAUGUUGUACUUCCUCAAGAAACCCCCCAAAACCACGGAAACCGUUGUAAUGGUGAGGGCUACCAGCCAGUAUUGUCAACCUCCUCUGAAGCAAAAGAAGUGAAACCUAAAAAUCCUAUUGGUGCACAGAGUGCAAAAUUAGCUCGUCGUCAACCUGGUCAACCAGGCGGAGGCUGGGAAGAAAGUGACAGUGGGCACAGUUCCCAGAAUUCGUCACAGACUAAUUAUGUUUCAGACGGCAGCAAUGGUAAAGCAGCUACAGACAGCCAGUCAGGAGGCAGUAGAGAGAGUGGAGACUUGAUGGAAAGAGUUGAAUCAGUAAACCUGAAUGACUGCAUGCAGGAAAUAACUUUGGUGAACAACCUGACCCAAGGAUCUAAUGUAUUCCUGACCAGAGAUGAAAUGCAGCAUUUUAUUAAAGAGUGUGGAUUACUCAACUGUGAAGUGGUUGUGGAGCUUCUCAGUGAGAAACUGAAGGACCCCUCUGAUGUCGUCAACAUGCGAUCGAUGAACAUUCUUACCACCCUGAUGUGCUCUGACCUGUUAUCAACUGACCAAAUAUUUGCAAUUACCCACAAAUGCUUGCAGCAAUUGAGUGAAGGUGAACCAGGACCUGUGACCAAUCGAGCCACAAAGAUACUGAGGCAGUUUCAGGCUUUGAAUGGGAAUAAAUCAAUAACACGGGUUUCAUCAUCGGAAAUCUCUCAGGCUGUUUCCAAUGACACCUUGUCAUGUAAUGCUGCAACUCCUUUAAUGGAACGCACUUCAGGGAUGAAAGAGAAGAUGAUGGUUCCGCCAUUCCAAUCUCAAAAGACUUUCCAUUCAGAGAAAAAACAGGUAUCAUCAUUGUGCUUACCUUCAUCUUCACAAGAAACAGAGUCACAGGAAAACCAAGACUCAUUAUUUCCAUCAUCAGAAUGCAAAGCUCAAAAUACAAACAAUGUGACUGAUACUACAUGCUUUGUAGUGGAUGCUGAUAAUAGUGACCCAUGCUUAGCAACACCACCUGUAAACCAAAGCAUGCUGGCACCGACAUGCGAGCACAAUUUCCAUUGUGAGCAGCAGACCAGACUAACUGUGAGCCAGAGCACACAUUCUGAGGACACAACAGGCAGUAGAAUCUCUCUGUUUACUGACAUGGUUCUUGUGGCGCAUGAAGCACCUCGUCAGUGUCUGAAGGCUUGUCUUAACCAAGGAUCUUCAAGUGAAACGCAGAGCUUAGCAGAACAGAACAAAAUGUGCAAUAAAACAGAGGUGAAGCUUCUGCACAGUAAUCUUGGACAGACUGACUCUGAAUCUAACCAACCAUCUGCAUUCUCAUUUCUUAAUACAUCUUCAUGCAGUGUCUGACUUUGUGUCAACUUGACCACAAACCAAGGUGAAAUGAGUAUUACACUUUCACGCAAGAUACUUCUAUUCCUGCCCAGACACACAGAAAUUUGCCUUACCUGCUUAUCAAAGCCCUGGUUUCCAAAUCUGGUAUUUGUACACUGGGAUGAUGUCAGAGACAUAGAACACUAUCAAGCAGCCAACUUGAGAACAUUUGUUUCUCGAGUUGAGGCAGAUUUGAAGCCAAAUGAUUAAUUUUGUGCCUUCAAAACACCACACCAGAAAUUUUAAAUGUCGCUCUAUUGAAGGUGGCUGUUUAACAAUAAAUUUGUUUGUGAAAACCAUAUUUAAUUGCACGUCUUACAUUCUUUUGCAGCAUACUUCAGGGACUGUUUUUAUAUCAGUGAAAUUGGAAAAUAUUUAUAUUAUUUAUGUAGUUUCAUAUCAUGUAACAACAAAAGCAUGCUCUAAAAGAACGUCUGAUGAACAAAAGAUAUAAAAAAAGCACAAGUGCAGAUUUCCUUUAUCCAGUUGGGCUGCCAACUGUUAUGAUCAAAUGCAAAAUGAGGUGAUUUACAAUUUUGAAGAUGGUGGCUUCUGACAGGUGUCUGCCUGUUCAGUUUGAGAAAGAAUGGGUUCACUGUAUUGGAAGUGCAGCUGAUUAAUAAAAGUGUGUUUUGAUGAUGUAUUGCAAGUUGUGGUAACUUACUUCCUGCUUCAUGGCAGCUGUAGAUUAGAGAUGUCACAGUUAAAAAUAAAACGAAAUGGUCUUGAAGGAUGACACCCUGAAAUAGAAUUUUUAGAAAAUGUGUAAUUCUCACCUAUUCCUAAACUUUUCUCUUUUUGGGUAAAUGGCUCCUUUUUGAUUGACAUGAAUACACCAGUGUUGGAAAAGCUGAUACAGUAUUGUUUCUUUGGUGAUAAAUAGCAACAGGUGUAGACAUCAUUUAACUCUGUGUCAUAUGUAUCAAAUUUGUAAAUCUUGAAUUGAUGUGCAAUGUAAUCCAAAGAUACAGUGGAGGUAGGAGAAUGAGGAAUAUGUUUAAAGAUAGAUUCUUAAACUAUACAAACAUUAAAAAAGCAUUCCUUCGAUGUAUCUGAUUGAUUUGUUUUGCUGUUCUUUCCCCAUUUCUCUCUGCUGCCAAUGUCCUAUGCUGAUCCCUACUAAUUCUGUACACACUUCUGCCAAAAGCAGCAAAACCUGUCAUUUUCCAGUUAGUAGAAAAGAAAUAUGUGGGAAAACAAGCCAUCCCAAUCUUCAUUGCAUCAUUGAGAUAAUAACAGCACUAUAUGGUGUUAAAACUUUUAUCAUUUAGAUGCUGUAUUAAAUAUCGUUCCCUGGAUGGUCAUUUUUUUUUCUUACUGGAGUGGGGUACAUUAGGCAGGGGAAUCAAAAAUUAGUAAGGCUCAAAACUAAAGCAACUGCCUUUAUGGCCAAGAUCUCUGGAUUUUGCCAGCACUUCCAAUUGAAGCAAGCAGUGUUUCAGCCAUUUGAAUGACUGUAAAUCUUAGAAUUCUCACUUAUGCUUUUAAGUACUUUGUUCUUGGUCUUGGGAGUCCAGCAGUAUAGCCCAGUCUUCAGGAGGUUGCUCAGUGUUAGUUUGAAGAAAGCACUUCUCCGAGACUAUGCCAAUCAUGCUCUUGAGUGAUGGUACUGAUUCAGUCAUAUAUAGUGUGAACUAAGAACUCCUAGGACAUAUAUCAAAGCUAUGAAAUUUAUCAUUUAUUGCUAAUGGAACUGUUAC